CGAGGUGGUCAUACGUACGAUAAUCGGUAAAAGUGAACUGUGUCGACUCAAGACAGUUUUUGUUAGCGAGGUGGUAUUCGGUUUGGCGGUUUAUAAUUCACUUAUAACUAUGUCGAGAUCCAAAAAAAUAUUAUCUUUAUGUCUGGAACCCAAUGACCAACAUAACACAGUAACUGAUGACUUGACUAUUGUGGCAGAAGAUACACAACCAAAAAAUGUAGAACACAAUAUUUGUGACACCUCAAAUAAAGAGAAUGAAAAUUAUUAUAUAAUUGAACCUUACUUGACCAUUGUGGCAGAAGAUACACAACCAAAAAAUGUAGAACACAAUAUUUGUGACACCUCAAAUAAAGAGAAUGAAAAUUAUUAUAUAAUUGAACCUACCACUAACAUUCCCGACUUACAGGCAAAAUAUAGUAGAAGUGAGAAUAAAGACUGUAAUUUGGAAGAACUCGAGUCUGGGGGAGAAAAAAUAGACGAUUGUGUUAAAGAUCAUGAUUAUAAAUUACCUUCUAAAAAACGAAGCAAGAAUCUAGUCGUUCCUCGUCAGCGAUCAUCUAGUACUUCAUCCUCAAGUUCCUCCUCGUCGGGUUCAUCCUCGUCAGGUUCAUCCUCGUCUAGUUCAUCCUCAUCUAGUUCAGCCUCUUCUAGAGCUCCUUCUACUAAUAGAAAUUCGCUAACAUCUCCCUCUGUACUAUUGUCACUUAAUGAACAAACAAAUCAAGACAAUAAUGAAUGCUUGCCUUCAACUUCCCAAGAAAUUAAUUUAAAUAGUAUCCACUCUCCAAUAACAAACGAUGCCGUAAUACAGGAAAAUUUCAAUACACGUAAGAGACGCCGUGUAGAGGCACAAUGGAAGCAGAAUGUUACAAAAAUUUUACGAAACUCUGGAUUACCUUAUCAAACGAAGUCCGGCCGAAAUAUUUCUAAGAAACAAAUGAAAGCAGGUUGUGGAGAAGGUUGUAGACUUAAAUGCAGCUCUUUUCUUAGCGAUGAAAUAAGAAUUCAAAUCUUUGAUUCUUACUGGGCUUUGAAAGAUUUAGAGAAACAGAGACAAUUCAUUCACAAACACAUACAACAGAUAGAGAUAAAGUUUCGGUCCACCAAAGCACAGAAAUAUCGAAAAACCAACUAUGCGUUUUACUUUGAGGUUGAAAGUUCAUUAAAGAGGGUCUGCAAAACAAUGUUUAAAAAUACAUUGGAUAUUAAUGAUAGAACAAUUAGAACCGUAACAGAGAAAUCUACUGGAGGAUUUUUGAAAGAAGAUCAAAGAGGAAAACACAGUAAACAUUAUACUGUAGGUGACACUAUAAAAAAUGAUAUAAGAGAUCAUAUAAAAAGUAUACCGAGGAUUGAAAGCCAUUAUUUGAGAGCACAAACAACACGGGAAUACAUUGAUGGAGGAAAGACUAUAUCUGACUUACAUAGGGAUUAUGUGAAUGAGUGUAAACAAGAUGGGCGCAACUUUGGAAACUAUGUGAUGUACAGUCGCAUUUUUAACGGUGAAUUUAAUUUAGGAUUUUUUGUGCCAAAAAAAGACAGGUGUGAAUUGUGUGUAGCUUAUGAAAAUGCAGUUCCUGAAAGUAAACUGUUGCUCAAGAAAAAGUAUGAUGAACAUUUAAUUGAUAAGAUUUUAUCCAGGGAAGAAAAAAAGAAAGAUAAAGAAGCCCUAAAAGUAAACAAAAAUCUGAUUGUAUCUGUAUACGAUUUGCAAGCAGUUUUACAGCCGGUCAUACGCAAAACGAAGGUGACGCCAUACAUUCGGUAA